AUGCCUGGCGUGCUUAAAGAUCACGCUUCUUCAAGUUUGAGAAAAUGUCGGAAAUAUCAGAAGAAAACAUUAAGAAAGCAGAGAGAAAUUAAAAGCGAAGCCAAUGAGUAUUUUAAAAAACAGCAGUAUGACAAGGCCAUAGAACUUUAUACAGAGGCGAUAGAACUGAACAACACUGUAGCUGUCUAUUAUGGAAAUCGCAGCUUUGCAUACUUGCGUACAGAAUGUUUUGGCUAUGCUCUUCAGGAUGCUUCCAAGGCCUUGGAAUUGAUAAAAACUAUGUUAAGGGUUACUAUAGAAGAGCUUCAGCUUACAUGUCACUUGGAAAAUUUAAGCUUGCCCUUAAGGAUUAUGAAACAGUUACAAAAACACGUCCAAAUGAUAGAGAUGCAAAGGUGAAAUACAACGAAUGCCAGAAAGUUGUCAAAUGCUCAUGUUCCAAAAGG